AAGAAAACGAAACCUACCGACGGUGGGACGGAAUUACAGUCGAGCCCGCACGCAAUGUACGUCGAAGUAAAAAUGAACUCGAAAAAGAUACACAGUUAGUCAGUAGUCCGAUAUGUACUCUUACUUGUGAGGUGACGCUGUGGCUGUUUAGUUAGUAUUAAUAGUUAUUUACAAUGGCCGUAGCUAAACUCAACGAGUUCUCGCAGAAACACCGCUUAGAGCUGCGAUAUGAGGACGUUGGAUCUGUCGGCCUCGAUCACAUUAAAACAUUUACCGUGAGAGCAGUGGUGAAUGGUAAGUGGUAUGAUGGUGUGGGGAAGAACAAGAAGGAAGCCAAACUGAACGCAGCUACAAAUGCCCUGAGUGUCCUGUUGGAGGAAACAAUUGACCCUACCGAAAAUGCAAAAGAAGCCUCUGCAUCAGCUCCUCAGACAGGUAUCUCUCAAGCCAAAUAUGUGUGUUGGCUCAAUGAGUAUGGUCAAAGGAACAGGGUGAUGAUCAGGGCUGUGGAGUCAACCGAACCGGUACCAAAUGGUGUUUUACAAUGCUGUCACUUUGUGGUUGGUGAUAAGGAGUAUCCAAGGGCCACUGGGAAAACAAAGAAGGAAGCUAAGGAGGAAGCAGCAAAGCUUGUACAUCACGAGAUAAAUGGCAUUGAAACCACUGAGAUUAUUAAGGAGGAGCACUGUGGCACGCCAAGCAAAGAAAGCAAAGAAUUGAAUAUGUCGGACAUCUGUGACAAGAUGAAGACCAUGAGUGUGAUCACCGAAGAAAAAGGUUUUGAAGAGACGAACCGGGACAGCAAGUGGUCUCGGGGGUCAGCUGUGUCCGAUGAUGGUUUGUUCACAUCUUCAGACCUACCGGAGUCCCUCAAUCCAAAAUCUGAAAGAGUUCCGAAGGCUGCAAGUGACUCGGCUGUUUUCACAAAUUCAUCAGAUCCUCCUGUUGAUCAGAUUAAAAGUCCUGACCUAAAGACCAAGAUAAGAAUUGCAGCAAAUUUUCAAAACGCCCUCAGAAACAGCAAAGAGGAUGAAAUGCCCAAUUUCAGUGGCAAGAAUCCAGGAAGAAGUCCAAGUAAGAAAACAACUACCCAACCAAGAGAGUCAAGGUUUACAUCUGAAUUUGAUUCCAUUGUGAGCCUCGGCAAGGGCACAUUUGGUCAUGUUUAUAAGGCAGAGGUAAAACUACUGAGGAAGAGUUUCGCUAUAAAGAUUGUCCGUUGCAAAGAGAUCAAAAAGGCUUUACGAGAGGUGAAGGUGUUAUCAGAUCUCAAUCACUGCAAUAUUGUUCGAUACUACUCGUGUUGGUUGGAGGAUUCAGGAUACCAAGGGGACAGUGCAGAUGACAGUUCCAGCAGUUCACAGUCGAGUGGCAAUUCAUCUGUAAAGUACCUUUAUAUUCAGAUGGAGUUGUGUAGCACCAGAACUCUCCGAGUGUGGAUAGACGAGAAGAAUCUUCUGAACGUGAAGAAAUCUCUGCGAGACUCCAAGAGGAGAGAAGAAAGUUUAACCAUUGCUCAGCAAAUAGUCUGUGCAGUCAAGUACAUUCACUCCAAGAUGCUCAUCCACAGAGACCUGAAGCCGGCCAACCUCCUGUUUGGGCAGGAUGGGGAGGUGAAGAUCGGGGACUUUGGUUUGGUGACUGAGGAGAACAACGACGAUGCUGAGAACAUCUUGGAGAGAACAGUGUACAAAGGAACCCCGUGUUACAUGGCUCCUGAGCAAAGGAGCAGGAGUUUGACUUAUGAUCGAAAAGUGGACAUAUUCGCUUUUGGGUUGAUAUAUUUUGAACUCCUUUGGAACAUCCCGAUCGGCCAGGAGAGGAGUAAGAUCAUGGAUGAAGCCAGAAACCAGAAAUUUCCUGAUAGAUUUUCAAGCAGUUUUAUCCUGGAGGUCAAAAUUAUUAAGUCAAUGUUGAGUGCAAAACCAGAAGACCGACCCGAAGCAAGUCAACUACAGAUGGACCUGGAAGAGUGCUCCCAAACACUUAAAAGGCUUAAAGAUACACGCUGCGACAGUAGGACUGUCUGACUCACAAGGAAACACUUAAAUAACAGUCAAAAGCAUCAGUCAGCACAAAUUGACUGUUAAUUAGGGAUAAUAAUCCAUAAUGCCUUUUUAUUUGCAUGUUUGUAUUGCUGAUGAUAGUGUCUCUUUCUGAUCAGAUGUGAAAAGAUGUGUCAUAAUCAUAGUACUGAUUUAUAAUACAAUAAGAUAAUUAGAUUGUUCAAAUGCGAGCAGACGAUUUGUGUACAUUUUAGAUUUUGUUCAUGUAAAUGCUAUUUGAGACCAAAAAAAAGGUUUAUGCUGAAUAUUGAGGAUUGCAUGAGGCUAUGAGUUAUAGCCAAUUUUAGGGUUCAAUACAAAUAGAGAUAUAGCACCGAAAGCUAUGAAAUUUGGAAGUGACACAUACAAAACCAGAUACAAACUCACAAGCAGAUUUUGUAUUGUUUUUAUAACUAACAGUGGAAGAAGAAAGAAGAAGUUCAAAAUGGACCGUUUGGGGAUCCCCGGCAGUUAUUUGAGGUUUAUAUACAAUUCAGUAUUUUAUUGAUGUUUGCCAAAUGUCCAGGCUCCAACAUAAUCAAAUUCAAUAUGUAGCAGAAAUGGCGAUGUGGACUCACUCCUAGGACCAUGAAUGUGCAAAAGACAUGAGGACAUUUUGUAAAGUUACAAGUUCCCUCCAUGUUGUUUGUUACCAGCUGCUACAGUGAAGCUGCCAUUGAUUUCAGCUUGUGAGUCAUCCUGUUAGAAUGUGCUCCAGCUGUGGGAGGAACCUUCACAAAAGAAGUUUUAAGUACUUCACUGAGUUCAACAUUUCUCUCCGUGGACAGAUUUUGUUCCAACGAUAGAGUGGCAACAUGCAGUCACAAAACUCUACAUGAGUGUCUUUGAGAUCAAAAUGGAGGCAGAGUUAGAUAUUUGGUGUCAGGUUGACUGUACUGUAAGCAGCACCAAAAGUUAAAACUGGACUUAUCACUGUAGACAUGUAAUAAAAAUAUGUCUACAGACGUGAAUGUAUUUGAUGAGACAUUAACAGUUUAACGGUUACAUUUACACAUCAAAUCUUCACAAGAGAUUCAUGGUCUUAGGAAUGAGUCCACAUUGCAACGUUGGCAACCCAAAAAGGCCACAUAUUGAUUCCUUGGAUUGUCAUACUUGCCAUUUAUUGUAAUCUGUUCAUGUAAGAGACCCUAAUAUUUUGUAUAGCAUCAAUUGAAGACUGUUUUAACGAGAGGUAUAUAUAAUUAGGGGGACUACAUUGGGCAAUUUUCCAUUUUCCAACUUUCACUGGGGACAAAAAAUAUGCAAUUCUCAAAGUUCCUUCCUAAUAUUAAUUAUUACGUAAUUAUUUUUUGGAGACCAAAAGUGACCAAUUUGGAGACCAAACAUAAUUAAAAUAGUUUGGGAGAAUUUUGAGAAUAACAUAAUUUAUAUAUACACUAUAUUUAUAGUCUGCACAAAAUCUGAAAUGUACACGUUACCUCUUCUCUACUCUGGAAUGACCUGACUGCAACAUUAUUCACUUUUCACUUUGAUUAAUUAAUCAUGUCCUGGGUAAUUACUUUUGACAUUUUUUUAAAUAGAGCAUUCUAUGUUGUAAAUAGAUAAAUGUGUAUUAAAUUGUCUAUCCCAUUACACAUUUUGCUGUGUAAUAAAUAAAAUGAAUAGGGAAA